CUAUAACUAAACUAACGCCCGCCACUGCUGCUUUCUCGGCUUCUUAUUCUCUUAAGUUGCGGGUUGUGUCUUUCGGACAAGCACUGGUUGAGAUCGAGGAUGGAGUGUGAUCGGAGAGUUGGGGUGGCGGUGGACUUUUCUCCUUGCAGCAAGAAAGCGCUGAAAUGGGCUGUGGACAACGUCGUACGGGACGGGGAUCACCUUAUCCUCGUCAACGUACGCCCCGAAGGGAACUACGAGGAUGGCGAGAUACAGCUCUGGGCAGCCACGGGUUCCCCCUUAAUCCCUCUGAAUGAGUUAUCUGAUCCUAUUAUUAUGAAGAAGUAUGGAGUGAAGCCUGACCCCGAGACCCUAGACAUUGUGAACACUGCCGCUAAGCAAAAACAGAUUAUGGUGAUCCUGAAGAUUUACUGGGGAGAUCCUCGUGAGAAGUUAUGUGAAGCAAUUGAUAAUAUUCCUCUGAGCUGCCUUAUUAUAGGGAACAGAGGGCUGGGCAAGAUUAAAAGGGCUAUAUUAGGCAGUGUCAGCAACUAUGUUGUGAAUAAUGGUUCCUGUCCUGUUACUGUGGUGAAGAUUGCGGAGCAUUGAACACUAGUUCCAUAUACCUGUAUGUGCUCUAGGAAUAAGUGCAAAACUCUUUGCCAGCUUGACUCCUACUUCACUUGGUAGCUAGAAUGGAAUUAUAUCAAAUAAGCCUUCUAGGCCUGCUGUCUGUAACUUGAUUUCGAAGUCGGAUGAACUUCAGUCGGUGUAUAUGCCAAUGGAUUUUGUGUUUCUGGCGCAUCCUGUGUGAAAUUUUUCUCUUUGCCAAUGAUGGGUUGCUUUCCCUGUAUUUUAGGGCAAAUAAACUAUUAUACAAUUUCUGAUAAUGCAAAAAAAGCACUUUUUAGUUAA